CCAUACCAAUCACAAACACACAUAACAAAAAACGCGUUGAAGAAGAUUUUCAAGGCGGUUCUUUCGUUCUCCUUCGUUCCUUUCUCCGUCGUUCCGUACGUCGCCGGUAAGGCAAUUUGAAACCUCUGAAACCUAUCAAGACGCAACCACCGUCUAGGGUUUUGUUCCUCCUCUCUAUUUUUUUCUCUGAUCGAUUGUUUUGCUUGCUUCUUUUUCUCUGUUUUACCUUGUUUUUCCAAAUUGAAACUGUUAAUCGUUGAUUGUAUUGAGAUAAAAAGCAGAAACAAACUUUUAAUUGAUUAUAGUUUUGGUUUUAAUUGUUACGAUUGUUGAUUAGGGUUUGUCUGAAUUUCGUUGACUGCGAAUCAUUGAAAUUAGGGUUUGAAAAUUUGGGGAUUUUUUGGGUUUCAAAUUUCAUCUUUUAUUCGAUUAUUUAUCACUUAUUGUGAGGACUUGUGCUUGUCAAUCCCAUGGCGGCAGGGAGACAAAGUGUUUUGGGGAAGAGAGAAUCUUACGAACAUGGUUCCGUCAAGGAAUUUGGUUACUGUAAGAAUGAUUCUUUCAGAAAAGAGGAUAGAGAAGAAGGUGAGAUCCUUGUUGACGGAGAUGAAGUUUUACUACCGUCGGAAAAGAGAAGAAAAUUCUCUCCCGUUAUAUGGGAUUUGGCAGAGAAGGAUUCGAAAAUCUCUCUCAAAGAUAAGGUCAAUCAUGCAGCGAAGUCUCUAUAUCGAUCACCCGUGGAUGAACAAUGUCCUGAAGGCAAUGGUGUUUUAGGCGCGUCUUCAGAGAAUUCCUCUGGUUUGGAUGAAGAAAGUGAUAUGCAGGGAUGGAACAUCAUGAAGUCAAGAUGGGCCUCUGAUGGUCUUUCACCUAUUGGUGAUGAUGAUAAAUACAAGCAACACAGAGACAGCUCAAGUUCAGAAGUUGGUGGUUGUUCGGGUAGCACAAUUGCUAGAUCCGAUGUUGAUGAAGAAGUUUGUGAUUCUCCAUCAAAUUCAUCUGAAGAUGGUGGUUUUAUGCUCGGACAGAGAAACUUUAACAUGUGUCAAAGUUGCAGAAGUGUGUCGGAGUUUGAAAUGAUUAACAAAAUAAAUGAAGGAACUUAUGGUGUUGUUUACAAAGCUAAGGAUAAGAAGACUGGAGAGAUUGUAGCACUGAAGAAGGUUAAGAUGAACAUAGAGAGGGAGGGUUUUCCAAUGUCAGCAUUGAGAGAAAUGAAUAUUCUCUUGUCUUUAAAUCAUCCCUCAAUUGUGGAUGUUAAAGAAGUAGUUGUGGAUGAUGAAGAUUGCGAUGAUGGUACUUAUAUGGUGAUGGAGCAUAUGCAGUAUGACCUUAAGCAGUUAAUGGAGGUAAAGACACAGCCUCUUAGUAUUGGCGAAAUAAAAUCCUUCAUGAAGCAACUUCUUGAAGGUGUGAAGUAUCUCCAUGACAACUGGAUUCUCCAUAGGGAUUUGAAGACGUCUAACAUUUUGCUGAAUAAAGACGGACAGCUGAAAAUAUGCGACUUUGGAAUGUCAAGGCAGUAUGGAAGCCCUCUGAAGCCGUAUACACCUCUUGUUGUUACAUUAUGGUACAGAGCACCUGAACUUUUGUUGGGCGCUAAAAAAUACUCAAAGGCAAUUGAUAUGUGGUCGGUUGGUUGCAUAAUGGGCGAAUUAUUUUCCAAGGUGCCACUUUUCAAAGGCAAAACUGAAAUUGAACAACUUGAUAAGAUUUUUCGAACUCUUGGUACACCAGAUGAGAAAAUUUGGCCAGGAUUAUCCAAAUUGCCUGGGUCUAAAGCAAAUUUUGUUAAGCAACGGUGUAGUAUGCUAAGGAUGAAGUUUCCGGCCGCAUCUUUCACUGGUUUGCCAGUUUUGUCCGAGUUGGGAUAUGACUUGUUGAAUAAACUUCUAGCUUAUGAUCCUGAAAAGAGGAUAACUGCAGAAGCUGCUCUGCAACAUGAUUGGUUUCUUGAAGGCCAACUUCCCAAUUCUGAUUACAAGCCUAUUUUUUCUUCAUGGCAGUGCUAGCUUGUCAGGCAGGUAUUUAUGCUAAUGCUAGUGCUAGUGCUGGAUUCAUGAAAAACCUAGAACAAAGCCUAUUUUAACCUAACACUGUUUCCAACUUGUGUUUCCACAUUAAUGGUUUUAUACUAAGAAUGAUGUCAUUGCGAAACCACACAGUGAUUGACUUCAUUAGGCAUUUGUUUAGCGGCAUAUUGAUGUAAGUGAGCUGAGAAGGCAUGGAACCCGAUUUUUUAUGUUGAAAUUCCAUGUACCCUUUUAUGUGGUGGAAAAUAUGUACAUAUGUUUCAGGACUACAGUAAUAAAUGAGAUUUUACUACCGGUAUGCUCUUCUUCUGUGGCAUUUGUAUCCAAUUUUCUUUCUGAUUUAGCCUUCCAAUUGGGGGCUUUCAAGAUGUGGUUACUUUUUUCUUGCAAUUAAAUUUGUAUCCCAGGAAAUGCUCUUGAAAACUUUGGGUGUUGGAUAUGUUGCAAAGUAUUUCAAUGUGGGAAAACUUCAUCUGCAAUUUGGUCUACAGGUCAUUAUGUUAAUUUCUGAAUUUCAAUGUUGCAUCUGCAAUAUAAUCAUUUUUUAUGCAAUAAAAAAUGAUAAAUUAACUAGAAAUAAUGUGAGUUUAGGCCACAGAUUGCGGCUUGAAAAUGGGUUACAUGGAAGCAGUUGAUUGAUAUGAAGUGGGGUUUUAGAAAGAAACGUUUGAUGUGUUUCAAGGAUGGCCAUGCUCAAUGCUCAUCACUCACCGCUAAGCAUUGAAGUUACAUUAUCGCUCUUGCUUGCCUUACUUCAAUUGUGGGUUUGUUCUGAGGGCUACCAUUUGACUAACUUCCAUUUAACUUGAAAUUAACUUUUUAUGUUGCCAUUCUUGUUUA